AGAUCCAUGUGAGCGUGCACGCGGAGGGGGCGGGAGCGCGCCGUGUUGACGGACUGGAGAGGCAACAUGUCCACCGCAGCCGCCGCGCAGCUGAACAACAAUGAAGAACCGGGACUCAACGGGUCCUGGGUGGAGCUGGAGAUGAACGGAAACACUCAGCAGCAGAACCCCAGCUUGCCCUUGCUGCUGGGGAACGGGAACCAAGGCGAGUCCCAGGCUUCACAGGCCCUGGAGGCCGUGCAGGAGGAAGAGGAGGUCCUGACAGGAGGACUGGAGCACGUGCCUUCCUCCUCCUCUAUCCAUAAUGGAGACAUGGAGAAAAUCCUACUGGACGCACAGCACGAGUCCAGCCCCAGCAGCUCAUCCUGCAACAGCCCACCACGACCACACAGUCCUGACCAGGAUGAGGGACAGAUCACGUUUGAUGUGGAGAUGCCCAGCGAGAGAGACUGUCAGUCAGAAGAUGAUAGUUUGGAGAAGGACAAAGAAGAUGAUAUCCUCAUGGAUAAAGGGGAGAGUUGGGUGGCAGACUGGUCCAGUCGACCAGAGAACAUUCCCCCGAAGGAAUUCCACUUCCGCCACCCAAAGCGUUCUGGAUCGGUGUCUCUGAGCAUGAGAAAGACAGGUGCUAUGAAGAAAGGUGGCGUGUUCUCCGCCGAGUUCCUCAAAGUGUUCAUGCCCUCACUGCUGCUCACCCACAUCCUGGCUCUGGGACUGGGGGUCUACAUUGGGAAGAGGUUGACUACACCCUCCACCAGCUCAUUUUAAACCUGAACAGACCCCAGUGCCUGGAUCCAGAAAAUCCUCUCUCUCUCUCUCUCUCUCUCUCUCUCUCUUUCUCUCAUUCUCUCCCCCUCUCUGACUUUCUCUUUAUCGUUUCUUUAACUCACUGCCCUGGUUUCCCAUCACACCCUCUGCUGGGAGGCAUUCUGCUUGUUGACCUUUGGCUGUGUCACAUUUUCUUGCCCUCUAACGCUGUGGCUUACUGACAUGUUUUAGAUGUUUUUAUUUGGAAAUGUAGUGAAUUAUUCACUGACGUUUAUUUUUUAUGAAACGCUACUAUACAAGUUAGAGCCCCACUACAACCAUGACCAUAAUGCGCUUUUAUUUUUGCAUGAUGCACUUGAUAUGAAACUAAUAUAGAGUCUGGAUGUGGCCAGAUAUAUCUUGGGAGUAUAUUGACUCUUAAUAGGAAAUUUAGGAGGGUUGCAAUAUUUUAUUCUAGAGAGAUGAUUUUGCUCAUUAUGUUGCGCAAUUUAAUUUAUUCACUUCCCGUUUUGUGUCACAGCAAGAAAAAUGCAUGUUAGUCGUUUACUUUUAUAGGAGAACGAUGACUGUUUAAUGACAGACCAAGUCAUUAUUUAUAUAAGUCGCUGCAUUUCUUUAGACUGUUACGACAAUUAUUUAAAGACUUAUUUUGCAUAGAAUGUAAAUCUUAGAGGCCCCUCUCGGUUCUGUUAUAGGCCCUUUUCUGUUUGCUCUUCACUUCUGUAGAGAUCCAAUAUGACAGGCUAGAACCGAAGCAUCGCUUUAUAGCAGCUUUAUAGUAUAAAAAUAUACAAGUAAAUCACAAAUUUACAUGAACAAUAAGUGUUUUUCUAAUCGAAAGACCUUAAGCUAAAGAGAUCAGGAUGGACGUACAUCUGUUUAAGAGCCAAACUGGUCGAGUUAAUUAUUUUUUGAGUUAUUAAGGAAGCUACACACACAUACACACACACACACACUCUGGUUUGCCUUGAUGCAUAUUCUGCUCGCAGUAUUUUCUGACUGUGUAUUUUCGUGCCAAAGGUUUUACACCACCAUCCCAACAUGAUUUGUCUGCACCUCUCAUAGACUCUGGUCUGGUUUGAGUGGGUAAUUGAUCCUGUCAGUCACUCCGUAUUGACAACACCUUACAAAGCCUUUGGUUUUACUGUGAACACCCUGUGUAUAUUAGGCAAUGUGUUGCUAUAGUAGUGUAUUAUACACUGUUGUAUGCAGUUUUGUCAAAGCUACAGAUCCACACUCAGUGUACAUAUUUAUAUGCAAUAUGGUGUAGUUUCAAAGAUUAAAAAAAAACAUUUAGAAGACUUUAUUUGCUACGCACAUGCCCAGGUCAUAUUUAAUUUGAUUGAUUUCAUUUUCAUUUACAAAGAAUUAAGCCAGGUUUUAAAAGCAUUUUUUUUUUUACUUUUGAUUUAUGGGUAAAAGGUAACCAGGUCAUUUUCUAGUUUUAUAAUUCACCCUCACAGUAUCUAGUAACGCUUUUACUUAGCAAAGUGUUUCGUACAAAAAAAACAGUACAGUUAAAUAGUACAGCAAGAAUUUUGCAACCCAAAUCAGUUAACUGAUCCCCCUUUGCAUUAAGGCCUUCUGUGUCAUUGUGCCACACUUUACUUCUUGACUCUGUUUUCAUGCUUUCUUUCUUUCUCAGAGGGGGAGUGGAAAUACAAGAGGCCAAUUUAGUGUCACUUCAACCGUGCCUCGACUUUUGUUUGCACCUUUUCUUAGCCCCAUUGCAUGCGUGUGUUCAGAGAUUUCACAUCAGGGCAUGACAGAAGUGAAGUUUUCCUCUGCGUGGGGUGAAAUGAGAACUGUGAAUGGAAUAGCUAUAGCUCAUGUCAGAUAUGAUAAACUAGCCCUGCCCGGUCUAUUUCGGGUAGGAUGACUACAUAAUGUCUUGUUUUACGCACAUUAUUUCUCUGUUAUAUCUCUCUUGUGUUUUUUAGUUUUUGCUUUAAUCAUGAGUGUAGAUACUGGAGGGCGGGGCCCUUGUGAUUGACAGCUCCACCGUGUGUUUCGUUUGCAUUCCCAUAGCGACUGGAGUGAUGAAGCAAUGAACAUGUAGUUUCUUGCAUUUCGCUGGUAAUGGAGAAAAAGUGAACUGAUAUUAAAAUAUAACCUGACAUUCAUCUUUUCUUUUGUUCUCAUUCCAUUGUUGAAUGUUCCUCAUGUGCUUUGGUUUUGCCAUGUGACAGCUUAGGAAGUUAUAUGAAACCCGUCCUUUUUGUUUUACUUCCUUGUUAUAUUCAUCACAUAAAUAUCCUUGCAUUAAUGUGCAUGCAGAACCGAACAAAUGCAGAUUAAAACUAUAAUACAGUUAGUUUUUUUUUUUUGGACAUAUUUUAUUUUUUAUUUUAAUAUUUCAAUCAUUUCAACACAUUUGCAUGUUUACUAUUCUUUAUGUUGGUAAAUGUUCACAUCAAAUGCAGGUAAACAAAAUAUUUCAUUUUUUUUUUUUUGGUAUUUUAUUUUAACAUUCAUUUUACAUUUUUAUGAUUUCAUAAUUAUUUGUAUUUCAUCAAAUCACAAAGCCCCUGCAGGUAUAGCACAAACCCAAGUUUGGAAAACCCUGCUUUAUGGCAUGAAAUAUAGAGUGCUUUAGUUAACCAACAACAACAUUAUCAAAAUUAUACAAGUUUCAAGUCCAAAUCCUAACCAAAUUAUAGGGAAAUUGUGAUUGUCAUAUUUUGCAUCAUUAUCUGCAUGUCUCAGCAGCUUUGUUUUGGAGAGGAUGUUGCUUUAAGCUUUCGUAAUGCCAACCCAUUGCAUGACAAAUUUGGCUCCAUACGGGAAAUACACGUUUGUAUCUCUGCAACACUUAAAACUAAGCAUCAAAACUUGCUCUGUAUGAUUGCCAUAAUACGUUGAUCAGUUUGGUGACUAUGAUGAACAUCUCCUCAGUUAAUUUUUGUUCAUUGUUCCCCUUUUAAAUUUGUCCAAUCUAUGCCAAAAUCAAAACUCAUGAAAUUCACCAAAUUAAUGUUAGGUGUUCAGUACAGUUCUCCAAAAAUAUGUUGUUGGCAAAGCCACCAAAUGGCAAAUGAGAUUGGAAAAAUAUUUUUUAUAUUGACACAAAACUUUGUACUGACUAUAUUCACCUUAUUUCUAACAUGGCUAAUCUAAUUACAGAUGUGUCCAGUUGGAGGCAGUUAUGUAUUGUUUUUCUGUGCAAAACCAGUCUGUAAUGCUUAGUUAUAUUGACAGUUAUCAUGAUAUUUCAAUAUAUCAUAAUUAUAAACAGUGUUUGAGCAUAAACAGUUUUAAUGUUUACUGUACUUUGUUAUUCUUCUGCUACCUAUAACAGAUGAAGAAUCAGACGUCUCGCACAUUCAAACAAAAACAUUUCAACGUUGCAAAAUAAGUUGAUUAUACUUUCUACAAUGUCCUAAUAUCUAAAUACAAGUCAUCUGCUAUAAAGUUUCAAAUGUGAAAAUCUACUCUUGGCCUUUGAAUACUUUCCCUGUAUCCAACACUAGGGGUGCUGAGACCAAAAAACUUUUUUUAUUUAACAUUAUAACAGCUGUGCUGUUGCUGUUUGUCCAACUCAUCUCCUAUGAUGUAUCAUGUAAUUCUUAAUGAAUCAAUGGCACAAACCACUAUAGCUUUUCCAUUAUUAUUAUGUUUAUAUUAAUCCAUAUGUGAAGAUAAGAUCAUGCAAGUUCUCGAUGAAAAGGUGCAUAAGUGUGUGUUUGGAAUAACUUGCGUACAGGCAGUGGGUGUGUGAACUAUGAAUGCAUGUGAUUGUUGAGCACUGUGAAUGUGGGGUUUUGUGCUUUUUAUUUG